CACUCCUCCUCCAUAUAAAUUCUACAUGUCUCUGUGUCUCUUUCUCUCCACUACUACUGCAUCUCUUAUUGCAAAGCCAAAAACCUCUGUGCUGUUCAUAGAGCUCACUGUUUGAUUGUCUUUGUUUAGUACCGUAUAGGAUAUCUAAUGUUGUCAGAAAUAUCAGACAUGGAAGGCAUGGCCAUGGAGGAGCUUGUCUCAUGCAACAACGAUCCCACCAACAUAGCCAAAGGGAAGCGAACAAAGCGACGCCUGAGGCCUUUGUCACCUUGUGUUGUCACCGCCGUUACUGCCACGGCCGCCGCCAUGACAUCAAGCUGUUCGAGUGCUUCUGGCGGCGGCGGUGGGUCGUUUUCGUCUAUCACCUUGGAGGAGGAAGAGGAAGACAUGGCAAACUGUUUGAUUCUCCUGGCACAGGGAAGAGGAGGAAGCGAUCCUCUUCAUCACAAGGACUUAUGUGAUGAUGUGAAGACGGAGAAGGGUGGCAGCAAAAUUGAAUUUUAUGUUUACGAGUGCAAAACAUGCAACAGAACAUUCCCUUCUUUUCAAGCACUCGGUGGCCACAGAGCGAGUCACAAGAAGCCCAAGGUUGAGGAAAAGAAAUCCCCACCACCGUCGUUGCCACCGCCACCGUCUUCGUCCUCGCAACUAUUUAAUUUUGAAGAAACGAAACCGAAUCACAUGAAGAUUAGCCCUUCCGUUUCGCUUCAAUUAGGGUGUGGAAACAAUAGGGGUGGCUUAAAUUUCCAUGGGAACAAGUCCAAGAUUCACGAGUGUUCCAUUUGUGGGUCAGAAUUCACAUCAGGACAAGCAUUGGGUGGCCACAUGAGGAGGCACAGGUCAUCUAACAACAAUAAUACUAAUAAUAUCAAUACUGUUGUUGUUCAGACGACAACAACUUCUGACGGUGCCGUUGAAGUUAAGCCUCGGAAUGUUCUACAAUUGGAUCUCAACCUGCCGGCGCCGGAGGACGAUCUCCGGGACUCGAAGUUUCAGUUUUCGGGGAAUCAGAAUUCCAUGAUGCUGUCGGCUGCUCCGGCUUUGGUGGGAUGCCAUUAUUAGAAGCCAGAGUGGGAAUUGGACGGAGAGGGGGAGAAAAGUUAUAUUAUUUGAUCAAUGAUCAUUGUGAAUUAUUAGCUCUAUUUUAAUUUACAAUUAUUCUUAAUUAUC